AUGUCCUGCCCAUCUGAAAGUGCAUCAGCCUUCCGACUGCGUCCCGUUGGCUCCCUAUUCUUUCUGAAUCGACCACACGAGAAACGCGCAUUCGAUUCGUUAGCUGGAAGUGGAUUUGGAGCAUUUAACAAAAGAGCAUUCGAUACAAUGGCCGGGUCUGGAUUCAGUGGAUUCGAUAAACGAGCGUUCGAUUCGUUGGCCGGUAGUGGAUUCGGUGCAUUCAACAAACGAGCAUUCGACUCUCUGGCCGGCUCCGGAUUCAGUGGAUUCGACAAACGGGCGUUCGAUUCGCUGGCAGGACAGGGAUUCACCGGAUUCGAGAAACGCGCUUUUGAUACAGUGAGCACUUCUGGCUUCGACGACUUCAAAUUGUAA